AUGUACGCCGACAACAUGAACCACCUGCGCAUGUACACCGAGUCGAACAUGAUCGUCUGCGUGGCCGUGACCAAGUUGAUCGUCACGGGGGUCGACACGGUCACCUUCAGGUUGCUGCACGCGAUGGAGAACCCGGAGUACUUCAUCACCGACGUGGUCAUGAACGCUCCGAUCGUGCCGCAGUUGCCACUGCUCGCGCGCGACGCCUCAACCACAAACGAGAGGCUGUUGGCGAUGAGGAGCGCCGCCAGCGUGGAUUGCAAUACCAUUCCUCAACGGUACUCGCUGUAA